AACUAAUUUUCCUUGCUCAGAGGAAUAUCGUUAUCUCAAAAUAUUGAUAAAUGUUAAUAAUAUUCGCGACUGAUAAUUCCUUGUAACUGAUAACACAUUGAAUCGUAUCCAUGAAUUAACAAUGAACAAACAAAACGCAUGUGUUAAUUAUCGAUGGUUGGAAGUGUAAAUUAAACUGGUAUUUUCGGUGUCCCUUUAAUGGUCACGUAGCAUAAAGCAUUGCAGCAUUUGCAAACUAUCGUUUAACUAUAUUGUUAAUUGCCUCGUGGCUAUUGGCAAUCAAACGGUGCUCCUUAAAGCGCAAUAAUGACGGAAUCGCCAAUACCGUCGGUCAGCAACAUUCAGACCUAUACUCAUAGCCGAAGCCAAUCUCAAAUGCAAACUCAAGAUGACAAGAGCGAGAAAACGGAGAAGGCUGUUCUUUCGCAAAUUCAAGAGAUCAACAGCCAAGUGGCGCAAUACCGCGAUUUGCUGAUAAACAUCGGUCAACCACGAGACUGUCCGGAACUUCGAGAAAAAAUUCGAAGAUUGAGACGAAAUUGCGUAGAAACGUGUAGACACACGUCCCAGCUUAUACUGCCACAAGUACGAAGGUAUGGCGCAAACUUUUGCUAGUAGAUUUUCCCUUUCUUCUUUAUCUCUUUCCCGCACUCUUUUCCAAAAUGUAGAAGAAAAGCAAAGAAAAAAAAUUUUUUCAGAUACCGUCCUUGACACGGUAUCUCAAAUCGUAUAAAAUUCUCACGGAGG